AUGGAGCGUUUCUUCCCAUAUGGUUUUCUACACAAAAUUGCAGACAAGUAUAUUCAGCGUAUACUUCGUUUUACCAAUUUUUAUGUUCAAAUCAGCAUUGAUGAAUACACAGGGGAUCUCAUUGAUCAAAAAAACCAGUCUUACACUUACACUGAAGCUUAUCUCAAUGCUUUAGCAUUAAAACGUGCAAUGCAGCUCAAGGCGUAUACUGCAAAGAACAGUAAGAAGCUUGUUCUUGAUAUGGUUGACUACGAGAUGACUAUACCUGAUGAGUUUCAUGGGGCUACAUUUUGGUGGAUGCUAACAAAUGCUAAUGAAAUUGACAAACCAAGAAAGGUUGAAAUUGACCGCCGGUCUUUAACGAUAACGUUUCAUAAGCGUUACCGGGAUAUUGUCAUAGACAGGUAUUUGAAUCAUGUCAUGGAGAAAGGGAAGGAAGUCUUGGAGCAGAAUCAGCAAAGAAAACUUUACACUAAUGGCUCAAGAGAUGUAUGGUACAAGGAAGAGAUGUGGAGCCAUGUAGUACAUAAUCACCCUGCAACAUUCGAUAAUAUAGCAAUGGACAAGGCAAAGAAAGCGGACAUCAUCGAAGAUCUUAUCGCAUUCAGCAAAGCUAAAGACUAUUAUAUGAAAAUCGGCAAAGCUUGGAAACGUGGGUAUCUUCUACAUGGUCCGUCGGGCACUGGUAAAUCUACUAUGAUUGCGGCAAUAUCCAAGUUCAUGAACCAUGAUAUUUAUGAUCUUGAGCUAAAGUCGGUGAAAGGAGGCAACGGUGAACUUCGCAAGCUCUUGCUUGAUACAUCUGAUAGGUCGAUUAUUGUCAUUGAAGAUAUCGAUUGCUCAAUCGAACUUACAAACAAGCGUAAAAUGAAGAAGAACAAGAAAAGAAACCAAGAUGAGGAGAUGUGGCGUGAUGAAAUGGGCGUAACUCUCUCGGGGCUACUAAAUUUUAUUGAUGGGUUAUGCUCAGCCACUGCCGGAGAGAGACUUAUCAUAUUCACCACUAACCAUAUUGAGAAAUUGGAUCCUGCACUCAUUAGACGUGGUCGCAUGGAUAAGCAUAUCGACCCUAGUUACUGCUGCUUUGAUGGGUUCAAGAUAUUGGCUAAGAACUAUUUGAACAUUGAUGAACACCCAUUGUUUGAGACUAUUCGUCGUUUAAUUGAUGAAACAAAGAUUACUCCUGCCGAUGUUGCUGAGAAUUUGAUGCCAAAAAGCGUGAACGGAGAUGAUUACUCGGAAAUUUUCUUGGGAAAUUUGAUUCAGGCACUUGAAAAACAAAAAGUGGAUGCAAGAUUUAAAGCUGAAAUGGAAGAGGUCUCAGAGGAGGAGGAAGGAGAUGAGGAGGAGGCGUACUCAAAUGAGUCAGGCUCGGGAUCUUAG